GGUGGAUUGGCGCUGCCUGCCCGCCGCCCCGGAAGGCGCUGGGCUCGAACCGGGGCCCGGCGGCUCCGCCAGGUGCUCCCCGGUGCAUCAGGAGCUGCUGCCCCGGUGAAUUUCCCUGCGCUCCAGGCGCUCUCCGGUGCAUCAGGAGGCGCUGCCCCGGUGAAUUUCCCUUCAGGUGCUCUCCGGUGUAUCAGGAGGGGCUGCCCCGGUGAAUUUCCCUGUGCUCCAGGCGCUCUCCGGUGGGUCAGCAGGGGCUGCCCCGGUGAGUUUCCCGUUGCUGUGCUCCAGGCGCUCUCCGGUGGGUCAGCAGGAGCUGCCCCGCGCAGGGCAGCCAGCAGCCCGUGUCACAGCCCGUGUCGCAGCCCGUGUCACAGCUGGGCGUGUCUGCGUUCCGUGCAGGUCGGAGAUGGGCCGGCGCUCCUCGGACACGGAGGAGGAGGGCAGGAGCAGGAGGAAGAAGAAGCACCGCCGACGCUCCUCCUCCAGCAGCUCCUCGGACAGCCGCGCCUACAGCCGCAAGAAGUCGGGCCGGAAAUCCAGGUCCCGGUCGCGCUCUCGGGAUCUCCCGUCCUGGUCCCAUUCCUAUGAGAAAAGGCGCAGACACAGAUCCAGCAGCAGCUCUUCCUACGGCUCCAGGAGGAAGCGCAGCCGCUCCCGGGGCAGAGGCAAAUCCUACAGGUCCCAAAGGUCCAGGUCAAAGAGCAGGACCAGGAGGUCGCGGUCGCGGGGCCGGCAGCGCUCCUACAGCCGCAGCAGCGAGAGGUCCGGCCACAGGAGAACCCCCGGCGGCUCCCGGGAGCGCCGCAAGGCCAAGGACAGGGACAAGGGCAAGGACAAGGACAAGGGCAAAGCGAAGGAGAAGGAGAUCCACGGCGCCAAGGCUGGGGACUCUGCAAACAUCAAAGCUGGAUUAGAACAUCUGACUCCUGCUGAACAGGCCAAAGCCAGGCUGCAGCUGGUGCUGGAGGCAGCUGCCAAAGCAGACGAAGCGUUGAAGGCCAAGGAGAGAAGUGAAGAAGAAGCCAAGAGAAGAAAGGAAGAAGACCAAGCCACCCUCCUGGACCAGGUGAAGCGAGUGAAGGAGAUCGAAGCCAUCGAGAGCGACGCCUUCGUCCCACAGACCUUCAGGUCCAGCAAAGAAGUCAAAAAGUCAGCAGAACCUCCUGAAGCCCAACAGGAGCCUGUGAAUGUGGGAGCAGGAGCCACUGAGGCAGCUGCUGCUGAGAAGGAGCCUCCAGCUGCCAGCAUCCCCACUGCCAUCAAGUACCAGGAUGACAACUCCUUAGCACAUCCAAACCUGUUCAUGGAGAAGGCAGAGGCUGAGGAGAAGUGGUUCCAGAGGCUGGUGGCUCUGCGCCAGGAGAGGCUGAUGGGGAGCCCCGUGGCCUGACAGCUCCAGCACCAUCCCAGGCCCUUCCACACCUUGGAACUCCCACACUCAGCUCUUCUUUUUCUCUCUAUGAGGAGAUUUGAGUGAGCUGGGCAGGCAGGGAGGGUUUCACCUGGAUAACCAGGAAUCCUCUGUCCUGCUCCACCUGGAGAAUCAAGAAUGUCCUGCCCUGCUUCACCUGGAUAACUGGGAAUGUCCUGCCCUGCUCCACCUGGAUAACCGGGAAUGUUCUCUCCUGGUUCCCCUGAAUAACCAGGAAUGUUCU